AUUUGAAGCAAUAGUGGUGUAUGACUUGUUAUUUUAAGGGGGAGCCUUACGGAUAGGGAAGGAAUUGGCCUGCACAUUUCAGUUGCUGCAUCACAAAUUUGAGCUUUUUUAACAUCAUCUAAAUACUUAGAAAUGAAAUUAAAGCUUAAAUUAUUUCAUAUCUGUCAUCAGAAAAUGCUACAGUAACAUGUUAUAUACACGGUUUUCAUGGAGUGAACCUUCAAAAGGUUUUUUAAAAAAUGUGUCCAAAAAAAGUUUUUUUUUUUUUUUUUAUCAUUAGUUCUUAAAUGCUCUUGAGGUUUUUGCAGGUCUGUCAGUGAGCUGCAUCAGACGACAAUGGGCUGGCGGGGAAGUGGCUCCCGCUGCGCCGCGCUCCAUACAGGGCGGGGAGCCCCGGAGCCCGACGCACAGCCACAGCGCGCAUCCACAGCGCAGAGCCAUAGCGCACAGCGCGCUCAGGCCAGCCGCCGUGCGCGCACCGGGACCAGCCAGCCAGCAUGGGUCUGGAGAAGGAACGGGCGGAGACGAGCGUCAUUAUGGACCCGGAGGAGUUCAGCAGGUCGAUCGAACCCAUCCUGCUCCAGAAGGAGAAGGGGUUUUCCGAGGCCCCGGAUCGGGACCCGAACGACGUCAACGCGCAUCUGAAGGUGGCGUUCGAGGACGUGAUCGCGGAGCCCGCGUCCACGCACAGCUUUGACUCGGUGUGGGUGGGCAGCCACGCCGCCUUCGAGCUGGUCAAGUUCGUGUGUUACCGCCUGCUGAGCACGCUGCUGGCCGUGCCCGUGGCCUUCGUGCUGGGACUGCUGUUCGGAGUGCUCAGCUGCAUUCACAUCUGGUUGGUGGGCCCGGUGAUCCGCGGCCUCUUGACCUUCUUGCCCCCCGCGCAGACAGUGUGGAGGAAACUGCUGGACUUGUUCGUGGCGCCGCUCUCCCACAGCGUGGGAAAGAGCAUGUCCUCCAUCCAAGUUCGCAGUUCUGGGAAUAAAUGAGGCUCCUCACCGUGGAGGAAGAGAUGUAUAUUUAUCGAAUCUAAAGAAAAAAUGUAAAGAGAUGAAAAAUGUUCAAUGAAAUCUGCUGCUUAAGUUAUUUUAGAACAUGGCUACUAGUUUGUUUAUUAUCACAUUAGAUAUAUACAGUUAAGAGCAUAUCAACUUUGGCCAAAUUAGACAAAGAAGGGGAUGUUUGAAGUUUCUAUGAACAUUUUUUGGUUCAUGUGUAUCACCUUGAUUGUAUUUAUUGUUUAUGGCUAAAAAAAUCUGGCCAUUGGAUCAUUUCUUGAAUCCGUGUGUUGGGGCAUUCACAGUUUUCCAGACUGACAUCCUGCUGAUGCUUUCAGAUGACAAUUUUCUGCUUGGAAAAGAUAUUUGUUGCUCAUAAUGCAACUUUCUUCUAAAAGUCGGAUCAGAAUCAGUCUGCAGCCUGAAGGUGUUGAGUGCUAAUAUGCAGGUUGUUGCACAUUUACAAGUUCAUGCUACUCUGCUGAUCUCACUGCUUUGGCAGCACUGCUGGACAUCAGCCUCAUUUUUGUUUGAUCAUAUCAGAAACAUGUUAGAGACAGCUCUGUCACAUCCAUGGAUGUGGUAGAAUGUUGAAGUGGACUCUGUUAUAAAGGAUACAGGCUUUUUUUCCUGGUUUUGGUACAUUCCUAAUGUUAUUAGCAUGUUUGGUAACACAUUGCUUUUUGCAGCAAAGUGGUGCAUUUGUUGGGAUUUUAAUAAAAAUGUAAAAGUUGAAUAAAAUCUGGUAUUUUGUGA